AUGGGCAGUUCACAGAUUUCUAUCAAUGAUCUUCCACAUGAAUUAUUAUCCGAAAUCUUUCAAUUCAUUCGACCUAUUUCAUUACUUCUUCGUGUUUCAACUACUUGUCGUUCGUGGCAUCAGAUCAUCAACAAUGAAUGGUUUCUCAAUAAAUAUUUUGUAAAUGGUCUCAAUCGAGAUCAACUCAUCGGAUGGUGGAAGUUCGAUGAUGUUAAUAAUAUUGGACACGAUUCCAGUGGUGUUCUCGUUGAUCAGUAUACGUUAAUCGGUCAACCAACAAUCGAAGAUUGUUUUCUCGGCAAAUGUGCUGUGUUCGAUGGUCAAUGUUCUAUUGAUUUUCCUGUUCAAGAUAAAGUUCAGUAUCAAACGACAACUUAUUCAGUUUCCAUUUGGUUUUGGGCGGAUUCAAAAGCAUGGAACACAAAUCAACAAGAAGGAGGAUGGCGAACAGCGAUUGGCUGUUGGAAUGAUCAAUAUCGUGUUAAUCAUGCUUGGCUUCAUCUUGGUUUUCAUGUCAAUACCAAUAUUCAUAAUCAAGUUAUGAUUUCAUCAGCGAAAUAUGCAUUUGGAUGUGAACAUCGACAAAAGACAGAGCCUCAUCGAUGGUAUCAUGUUGUUGCUCGAGUCAAUCGAAAUCUCCAAGAUCUUUGGGUCAAUGGACAACAGGUGAGCAGUGUAGACAUGACUAACAUGGAGAAUCGAACAGAAAUACGAGAACCUUAUCAUCAACGUUGGAAUUCUUCACAAUGGCACGAACAAACCAUCCAUUUGCCAAAUAUUUUGUACAUUGGAACAAAGAAUAAUCAACAUCAUAAUCCAUGGAUCGGUCAAAUUGCUGAUCUAUCUGUUUGGACACGAUGGUUACAACCAUUUGAAAUUCGUGCUUUGUAUCAACAACAAACAUCGAUUGAUAAAGUCAAAUUAGGAACAUUUGUCUUUAACAAAUAA